AUGUCACCCCCGCCCGGCGUCAAUGCCCAGCUGCGCCAGCUUGUAUACUACCACCUCGACAACGGCUUUGUCGAAAACGCCCUGUUUCUCGCCGGUCGCCUCCAGGCUCUCGAACCCCGCAACCCAGAUGCCGCGCAUCUGCUCGCGCUCUGUAACCUUCGCCUCGGCAGAUACAAGGCCGCCUUUGACGAUGCGCGAGCCAAAGGAAUGCACGCACAGCAUCUGGGAUGCGCCUACGUCUUCGCCCAUGCCUGUCUCGCCCUUGGCCGCCAUGAGCAAGGAGCCCAGGCGCUGGAAAAGGUGCGCAGUCUGUGGGCAGGGCGCAACCACUGGAACAAGCAUUCUGAGACAUCGCGGCGACAUGUGCCGGAUGCGGCCGCCUGUUAUUGCUUGCUGGGAAAGCUAUACGCAGCACACGGCGAUACCCGAAAAGCCAUUGACUACUUUGUCGAGGCGCUCAAGAUUAAUUCCUUCAUGUGGGAUGCAUUCACCGGCCUCUGCGACAUUGGCGCUGUAGUCCGACCUCACAACAUCUUCAAAAUCACCCCCGAUAUGCUUCCGUUUGCCCCGAAGCCCGAUAUCGACCCCUUCAAUACCUCCUCCAGACAGUCCGGUGACGGUGGACUUAACAUGGGAGGAACGAAUCUGCUUUCCAAAUUAAACGGCCGCACUACACAGACGAGCUCCCAUCAUGACUUCGACACACCGGCAGCAAACGGGCAAAACAUGCACGAUGAGCAUGUUAUGAUGGGCGAGACCGGCGGCCCUGUCAUGUCACGCCCCGUCACUUCGAGAGCACGCACAAAGACAAAUCCCGAGGUCGAUCAAACAGAUAUCCCACGACCUGUAUACCAGAACGGACAUAAGAGGACCGUGUCUGGUCAUUCAUUAAACCAGCCGCAGAACCCGCCGCAGCAACAACCAUUAGAUCCCACAGCAGCGCCUCCACGUCGCAGUGUGCGCCUGCUUAAUUCCAUUACUCAGAUCCGGCCAUCAAACCCUAGGCAAGGAGCAACAUCAACCAAGGAUAUCGAGUCAAAAGAGCGGCGCGAGUUACGAAAGGCAAGAGCUGCGGCCCCCAAAGCACGGUCAGGCACCACUUCAACUGUAGGAAGGGUUGUUAGUGGGAACAGAAAACCGCACGUUGAUACAUUGGAGCCAUCAAAACCCGACAACAGGCCUGCCAGUGGGGCGGCGGUCGCUGUAGCUCCGCCUCCGAGAAUGGCUCAAACGACCGAUACGUCCCGGGAGCGGGAGGUUUUGAACUGGCUGCUAGAUUUACUUCUCAAGAUUGGUUCCGGAUAUCGGCAUCUGAGUCGCUACGAUGCAUCAAAGGCAUUGGAAGCAUUUGCAGCAGUGCCCAAGGCUCAGCGCGAGACGCCUUGGGUCCUCGCACAAAUCGGCAAAGCUCACUAUGAGCGCACACAUUACGCAGACGCAGGGAAUACGUUCCGGAAGAUUCGGGAAAUGGCGCCCUCGUCACUGGAGCACAUGGAAGUAUAUUCAAACACACUCUGGCAACUCAAAGACGAAGUAGCUCUGGGCCAUCUUGCUCACACACUCAUGGAUCAAGAUCGACUCUCUCCACAAGCCUGGUGUGCACUUGGCAAUGCUAGUUCGCUGGAUCGACAGCACGACGACGAGCAUACAAGGAAGGAGAAAGAGAAAGAGAAAGAGAAAGAGAGAGAAGGAGGAGGAGACAGGAUAAGCGCUCAAAGUCCCCCCCCCCCCAAAAAAGGGGCUUGUUUUGGUAGUGUGUAG